AUGCCCACCUGUGGAGACGUCUCGCUAGUGUCGUCCUUCUUCAGCACGCUCUCGUGUGCCAGCUGGAUCUGCGCCCAGCUCCCCCAGAUCGUCACCAACUACCGUACCAAGUCUGCCCACGGCAUCUCGCCGUCGUUCCUCCUUCUUUGGUUCUUGGGUGACUUUCUCAGCUUCACCAGCUGCCUCUUGAACGACGCAGUCUUGGGGUUUCAGGUGUACCUCAGCGUGUUCUUCCUCUGCAACGACAUCACCUUGUGCUUCCAGUACUACUACUACAACUCGGUGUAUCCCGCGAAACAGGCACGCUACGUGCCUGUGCACGCAGAGCCGUUCCCGCUGGUGUUCCCGUCGUCUCCCAAUGCUCCAGACGCAGAGCUCCAUGCCACCACCACCACCAUGAACAUCCGCCACCACGCCAAGGACGCACUGCCCCAAAAUUCGCUUUCAGGCAGCAGCUACAAUUCCAUUAACGAUCAGUCAUCCAUAUCCAAAGCAGCCGCCAUCGGAGCGCUCAUGAAUGCCACCGUCUCCAACGCGUACCCCACCGGGGGCUUGGCCAAGCGUGGCGACCCCAAAGAGUCACUAGGCUUGGUGUUGGCGUGGGGCUGCACGGUUGUGUACAUGAGCUCCAGAUGCCCCCAAUUGUACAAGAACUACUUGCGCAAGUCAGUGGAAGGCAUUUCCCCAAUUCUCUUCGGGGCAGCAUUGAUGGGCAAUUUGACCUACACGUUGUCGAUCUUGACCAGUUGCGAAUUCUUGUCGGAGGACUCCAAGAGCGACUUUUUCAUGAAGGAGCUCCCCUACAUCCUCGGAAGCUCAGGCACCAUUGUGUUUGACAUGUUGUACUUCUACCAGAAGUACCUCUACCGCAACUCAGGGUCGCAGGCUGCUAUUGCCAUGCGCGACUGGGAUGUUGAGAGAAGAGAGAGCAACGAAAGCGAUUUCUUGAUAUAG